CUUUCCUCUCCCAAGAGCUAAAAGAGAGCAAGGAGGAAACAACAGCAGCUCCAACCAGGGCAGCCUUCCUGAGAAGAUGCAACCAAUCCUGCUUCUGCUGGCCUUCCUCCUGCUGCCCAGGGCAGAUGCAGGGGAGAUCAUCGGGGGACACGAGGCCAAGCCCCACUCCCGCCCCUACAUGGCUUAUCUUAUGAUCUGGGAUCAGAAGUCUCUGAAGAGGUGCGGUGGCUUCCUGAUACGAGAGGACUUCGUGCUGACAGCUGCUCACUGUUGGGGAAGCUCCAUAAAUGUCACCUUGGGGGCCCACAAUAUCAAGGAACAGGAGCGGACCCAGCAGUUUAUCCCUGUGAAAAGAGCCAUGCCCCACCCAGCCUAUAAUCUUAAGAACUUUUCCAGUGACAUCAUGCUACUACAGCUGGAGAGAAAGGCCAAGCGGACCAGAGCUGUGCAGCCCCUCAGGCUACCUAGCAACAAGGCCCAGGUGAAGCCAGGGCAGGCAUGCAGUGUGGCCGGCUGGGGGCAGACGGCCCCCAUGGGAAAAUACUCACACACACUACAAGAGGUGAAGAUGACAGUGCAGGAAGAUCGAAAGUGCGAAUCUGAGUUACGCCAUUAUUACAACAGUACCAUUGAGUUGUGCGUGGGGGACCCAGAGAUUAAAAAGGCUUCCUUUAAGGGGGACUCUGGAGGCCCUCUUGUGUGUAACAAGGUGGCCCAGGGCAUUGUCUCCUAUGGACGAAACAAUGGCAUGCCUCCACGAGUCUGCACCAAAGUCUCAAGCUUUGUACACUGGAUAAAGAAAACCAUGAAACGCCACUAACUACAGGAAGCAAACUAAGCCCCCGCUGUGAUGAAACACCUUCUCUGGAGCCAAGUCCAGAUUUACACGGGGAGAGGUGCCAGCAACUGAAUAAAUACCUCUUAGCUGAGUGGAAAA